AUGAAUGCUACUUUUGCCGGCUCCUUUCUCGUCUUGAUAAGUCUUACGAGUCCGGUGUUAAGUAGCGUUGCUUCACUGCUGACCAUCUUCAUUGUUGCCGUGUCCGACUGGGCACUGACGGGCCAGUCGCCGAGUGUCCCUGCAAUAAUUGGCGGCAGCAUGAUUGUUGUUGCCUUUGUGCUGCUUAGCUGGAGCACCUACAAGGAGAUGACGGAAGAGGAGCGAAAAAAGGACGUGGAUCUCAUUGGAGACGAGGAUGCUGACAGCUCAGAUGGUGAAGGUACCGGAUCAAUAUAUACCUAG